AUGGAAUUAUACAAAAUUGUAGCAGCGAUUGUUGAUAUUACAUGCAUCUUGUUGCAUGGAUGUUUGAUUACAGUUGUGUUAAAAACUAAAAAAAUACGAAAAGUUCGAUCAAACCAACUAUUAAUAAAUUUGUGUAUAGGACAUUGGUUGAUCGCAUUUUUUGAUGUGUUUGGUCAUUUUGUGCGACAUUUUAGUUGGAUUGAAUACAGCAUGUACGUUCUAAUGAUUUCAAGUUUGUAUGUAUUGACAACCGACAGAUUUGUCUCGAUUAAAUUUCCAAUGAAAUAUCAAAACAUGAAUAUAUGUCUACAUCUUAUGUGGAUGUCUUGCAGUUGGAUAAUAGCCAUACUGUUUGUUAUCAUUUCCUAUCUUAAAAAAGAUAGACCAAAAACAACAGCAGAUGAUAAAAACACAAUGAUGUUGUUUCUCAGCGCAAUUAUGUUUACAAUCGUUUCCAUGACAAUAAUGAACUCGAUCAUUUUUGCUGUCGUUCGACGACAAACACGUGCUAUCGCUUCUUUGCAAGUUCAAGCCAACCAAGAACGAAGAAAUGAAAUUCAAAGAAAUUUUAUCUCCAAGAAAGAAAAACGUCAAUUUUACAUAUGUUAUGGAAUCGUUAUUACUUUCUCCAUUUUGUGGUUGCCGACAGUUGCUGUUGCGUUGAAUUCGUUGAUACACCACCAACCAGUGAAAGGGGUUGCAUUCAGCUGGUCAGUUCGAGUUGCAAAUGCCAAUGCGUUGUUAGAUCCAAUUGUGUUUUUUUGGUUCAACAAAGAUAUACGUGCUGAAAUCAACAAAAUUUUAACCAAAACUAAAGAAGAAACUAGCGAGACAAAUAAAUAUAUUAUGAAGACAUCUUGUUCAAAUGCAGCUGUUAAGAAACCCCGGUUAAUAAUGAUCAAAUUUGGUGUAUCUUAUCCAUCCUAUCCUUUGAAUAUUACUACUUAA